CCCGCCACCCCGCCACUCCCAUGAAGGACCUCCUCCGCGAGACGCCCUUCGGCACGAUCGUGCGCCUCGUGCGCCCCUCCCUCCUGCCCUACCCCGAGGAAGAGGAGGGCUUCGUCGUCCCCGACGUGUACCGGCCCCGCACACCGCUCGCGCUCAAGGAGGACGAGUGGAGCCGGUCCACGACGCUGGCGCCGACAUCCGCAGCCACGCCCAAGCCGAAGGAGUACGCCGCGUCAGACGACGCCGCCGACUCCACCCACCCCGACACGGCGGACGCGCUGCGCGCGUACGAAGCCACGCCCGUCCCCGAGGGGAUGUACGACCCGUUCGCGGAGCGUACAGCGCACGCGCUCGAGCUCGCGCCGGACGGCACCGUCCUCGUGACGUGGUACGGGCCGGACGACGCGGGCAACCCGCAAAACUGGAGUCUGACGAAGAAAGUCUGGGCCGCCUUCGUCAUCAUGUACUACACGUUCGCAAUUUACGCAGGUUCCUCGAUCGUGGCGUUCGCAUUCGAAGACGUCGCGCAGCACUUUGGCGUGAGCACGAUCGUCGCCGCCCUCCUCCUCACGCUCUUCGUGGCGGGCUACGCCGUCGGGCCCCUCUUCCUCGCCCCGCUCUCCGAGAUCGCCAGCAUCGGGCGCAACCCGCCCUACAUCAUCUCCAUGUUCAUCUUCUGCGUGCUCCAAGUCCCGUCGGCGCUCACGCCCUCCUUUGCGGGCCUGUGCGUCCUCCGCUUCCUGGCCGGCUUCAUGGGCUCGCCGCCGCUCGCGACCGGCGGCGCGAGCCUCACGGACAUUUUCUCGCCCCAAAAGGCCGGAUACGCGCUCGGCGCGUACGGCGUCGCGGUAGGCGUCGCGCCCGCCAUUGCGCCCAUGCUCAGCGGCUUCGCCAUCGAACGCUGGGGCUGGGAAUGGGCGUUUUGGGAGAUGCUCAUGAUCGGCGGCCUCGGCUUCCUCCUCCUCUUCGUCGGGCUGCCCGAGACAAACGCCGAUACGAUCUUGUACAAGCGCGCCGCGCGCCUGCGCCGCCUCACGCGCAACAACAAUCUGCGGUGCGAGAGCGAGAUCCUCGACGCACACAAGACGUUCGGCGGCGUCAUGUACGAGGCGCUGGCGCGCCCGCUCGAAAUGACCGUCAAAGAGCCCAUCGUCCUCGCCAUCGACCUGUACGUCGGCCUCACAUACGCCAUCCUCUACUCGUACUUUGAGAGCUACCCGCUCGUCUUCCACGUCGGGUACGGCUGGAGCCUCGGCAUGGCGGGCCUGCCGCUCAUCGCGCUCACGAUCGGCGGCAUGCUCUCGUACGCCGUGUACUGCGUCUGGAGCGUCUACGUCUGGGAGCCGCAGUACGUCGCCGCCAAAGGCCGCCUCGUGCCAGAAGCAUACCUCCCCCUCUCGCUGUACGGCGCGUGGUGCUACCCGAUCUGCCUGUUCUGGUUUGCGUGGAGCGCGAACCGCACGCACUGGGCGUCGCCCAUGAUUGCGAGCGGCGUCUUCGGCCUCGCAGACUGCUGGUCCUUCAUGCCAUACCUCAACUACUUGUGCGUCGCGUACCCGAAGCACGCGGCGAGCGCGCUCGCAAGCAACGACUUUGUGCGCUCCAUGAUGGGCGCGGCCAUGCCCAUCGUCGCCUUCCCGCUCUUCAAAAAUCUCGGCAUCGACUGGGGAAACUCGGUCCUCGGCUUCGCGUCCGUCGCGUUCCUCCCCAUCCCCUUCCUCCUGUACUACUACGGCCCGGCGUUGCGUGCGCGCAGCCCGAUGGCCACGCACAUCGGCACGAAGAAGGACCCGCAGUGGGUCGGCGAGCGGGCGGAUGCCGAGGCAGCGUCGGCGCCGGCGUCGUAGAAGAACGAUAGAACGCGCAGAAAGCGCGGUGUCAAACAUCGACCCAUUUGUAUCAUAGUACAUCAUUGCAUCAUGCAUUUGCAUAAUCCCGA